AUGGACUGUAGCUGCGUCUCUGAUCUUCUCUUCGCCCCACCCGCUCUGCCGGCUCUCUGGACCCCCGGGUUUGCUUUCCCGGAUUGGGCCUACAAGCCGGAGUCAUCCCCCGGCUCCCGGCAGAUCCAGCUGUGGCACUUUAUCCUUGAGCUGCUGCAGAAGGAGGAAUACCAGGGCGUCAUCGCCUGGCAGGGGGAUUACGGGGAAUUCGUCAUCAAGGACCCGGAUGAGGUCGCCCGCCUCUGGGGCAUCCGCAAGUGCAAGCCCCACAUGAACUAUGACAAGCUGAGCCGGGCUCUGCGUUACUACUACAAUAAACGCAUCCUGCACAAGACCAAAGGCAAGAGGUUCACGUACAAGUUCAACUUUAGCAAGGUCGUGCUGGUCAACUACCCACUGCUGGAUGUGGCGGCUGCCGCCACCGGCUCCCCGCUCUUGCUGACCCCCAGCCCCUUUGGAGGGGGGCCUGGGCCAGAUGCGCCUCCCCUCACCCCAGAGGCCCUGCAGACACUCUUCUCUGCCCCACGCCUGGGAGAGCCGGGAACCAGGACACCCCUGUUCACUCCCGAGACGGAUAAACUGCGUCUGGACAGCCCCUUCCCGUUUCUGGGCUCUGGUGCCACCGGCUAUUCCAAGCCACCCGGACUGCUGGGUCCUUACGGCCGCACCUUCCCAGAGUACCCCUGGAACUUUAACCCGUACCUCACGGGCCCCUUCCCCAAGCUGUCCCCCUCGCUCUACCCCCCUCACUUCUACCCCAACCCCCUGGGUUCCCUGGGCCACCUGCCCUCUGUGGGGGCAGGGGGGAGUCCCACGGCCGCACCCUUGCUGGCCGCCACAGGGGAGGGCCUGGGUCCCGAGCGCCCCUCAGGCCUGGCAGCGGCUCCUCGCCUGGCACUGCCUGGGGCCGGGGGCCCCGAGGCCACGCUGGGUGGGAAGGAGGACAGCGACUCGGAGCUGGAGAUUACCGACGUGAGCGGCUGCAGCUCAGACAGCGAAGGUGAUGAAGGCCUCCCGGUGCCCCCCAAAGCCGAGGUGGGCAAAGGGGGGGCUGGCAGCUGAGACCCGGGGGAGGCGAUGGAUUCGAGGAGGUGAGGACCACCCGUGCAACCUCUUCUGUCCAAGUCUGCCCCCAACACC